GCAGUUUGCAAGGGGCGAAUGGGGUUCCAACCGAUCCGAACCUUACUCAACGAACGAAAAAAGGAAGACUUUGCCUACGAGAGAUCUAAUCAUUAGUUUACAAUCAUAAUGGCCACCUAAUAGCACAUGAUGCCGGUGGAGUGGCGGUGGCUUUAGCGCGCGCAAAACACAUCGCCUCGCUGUUGCUACGUUACCCACGGUCAGGUACCCCUUAGCCUGACGGAGAGAGAGAGAGAGCGCGCGUAAGGGAGUGAGUGCAGGAGAGCGAGAGUUAUAUAAAAGAUCGAAUCCAAGGAACUGCACAAGCACCAGCCUUCUGCGAUAAGCGAGCAUCAACACACGCGGCAGUCGAUGCAGUCGCAGUCGUCACUUGCUGCCAUCUUUCGUACACCUUUGCUGUUAUGGCAAAGACCAAAACAGUCUCUCUAACUCUCAAAGUGAUUCACUUCAAUUGACGCUUAAAUUGAGAAGUGCGGUCAGCUUAAGGCCCCGGAACGGCUUAAUUAAAGUGACGAGCGUGGGCCAUCGAUUGGCCGGCGGGGUCAAUUGGACGUUAAAUUGGGCACUGUGUGUGCGUGCGUGCGUGUUGGUGCACGAAUGUGUUGAAAGAGCGCUGAAAAGGGUAAAGCUGAGUUGCGCGCGCGUGCCAAAUGUUUUGCCCGAGCAACGAAACGCUCCAGAAUCUGACCGAAAAGACGAAACUAUUGGCCCACAAAUGUACGCAGCAGAUCCGGGCCGGUGUCACGGGUGGCCAGGAACAGGGAGAAGCACAUGGUCCGGGCGCAGGAACAGAAAUGCCAUCGAGUAAGGGUAGUGAACUGAUGGUGAACGAGGCCCUUUCGGUUGGUGCCGAUGGCGGGAAGAGUACGCUGCGUUGCUUCUGCCCGUGCAAGGGAACGCUCAGCAAGAUCAUGGGCAAGAAGCUGGCCGGUAAGCUGCAGCCACAGCAUCAGCAGCAGGAGCAUCAGCAGAGUCAGCGCACCACCAGGUGGUAUGUGAAGCAGCCCACCUGGCGGUUAUGGGGCGAAGAGCGCGAAGAGAAUGCCAUCUACACGGUUUAUCUUAAGAAGGUUCGCUACCACCGACCAACGCCCAGUGCCAGCAGCCAAGACUCGGACGAUGAGAUAUCGCAUCUGGAGUGGGAAACGGUGCGAGUGCGGUUCGUGAAAGCGGCCACCCUGUCCCGCCUCGUCGAUGCCCUGGCCACCGACGAUGGCGAGCUGGAGAGCACGUUCGUCAACGUGUUCCUGAACACCUACCGCACGUUCGCCCAGCCGGAGAAGGUACUCGAUCUGCUGCUCGAACGCUACGAGAAGCUACACAGCGAGCCGGGUCUCGUGCAGCCCGAGUCCCUUUCCGAUCAGCACAAGAAAACUCUAGUCUCUGUACUGCACGUGUGGCUCGAUGGGUUCCCGGAGGACUGGGACACGGACAAUCUGCAAAGGCUGCUAGCGUUCACCUCAAAGCGUUUGCCAAAAUCGGAAAUACACGUUAAAGCUUUAAAUAGGUUUACGAAUAGGUUAGACAAGUACAGUAGAAUACCACCGCCGUUGCCAUGGUCGAACGAUUAUCACGAUUUCACCGACCAGUUCGGUGGUCUCUGUCUCACGCCGGCCUUCCGCGGUCCACCGUCCCACCUGCUGCACUCGUACCGCUUUCCCAACAUUCCGGUGAAGCACUUUGCCGAGCAGCUGACGCGCAUGGACAUGGAGCUGUUCAAGCGGCUCAUCCCUCACCAGUGCCUCGGUGCGAUCUGGUCCAACCGGGACAAGCACGAGUGCGGCUCGGUGCUGGCCACCGUUACCCAGUUCAAUGCCGUUUCGUUUCGCGUCAUUUCGAGCAUUCUGAUUGAACCACGGCUUAAGCCACAGGAACGUGCCCUGCUCAUCUCGACGUGGAUCGACAUUGCGCAGGAGUUGCGGCUACUGAAGAACUUCUCCUCACUCAAGGCCAUCAUCUCCGGCCUGCAGUCGAAUGCGGUCUAUCGGCUGUCAAAGACGUGGGCCGUACUGCCACGGGAUAAGUUGGAGCUGUACAAUGAGCUGGCGAGGAUCUUCUCCGAAGACAACAAUGCCUGGGCCCAACGGGAGGUGCUGAUGCGCGAAGGGACGGCCAAGUUUGCCGACACGGUCGGCGAGAAUGAUCGCCACCUGCAGAAGGUGUUCCAAAAGCAGAACACACUGAUCAGCCACGGUACGAUACCGUACCUUGGCACCUUUCUAACCGAUCUGACGAUGAUACACGCGGCCAUUCCGGACACGCUGCAAGACGGGCUGAUCAAUUUCGAUAAGCGACGGAAGGAGUUUGAGGUGCUCGCACAGAUUAAGCUGCUCCAGGGUGCGGCCAAUACGUACCAUUUGCCCGAUGAUCCACUGUUUGAUCGUUGGUUCGCUUCGUUGCUGGUGCUGGACGAACGGGAGGCACAUACGCUCAGCUGUUCACUUGAACCAGCGCCCGAAAUGGCAAAAAGGCCACCGGUCCCAGUGCCACAGCAUAACAUGGGUGGCAGCGGUGGUGGAUCGGUGUUGAGCGGCGGCGGCGGUGGUGGUGGUGGAACACCGGGCCACAAGAAAAGUGAUUCCAUUGCGUCGAACUCGAGCAGUGGCGCCGGUUCUCAGUUCUACUGUGAUAUCAACAGCACAUCAAAUGCUAGUUACAGUUCGCGAAAUAAUUCACUCGAUCGUGAUGCGACACCACCGAACGCCUCGCUCCUGUCGGCCGCCAGCAGUGUAUCGUCGCUAUCCAUGGACUCGACGACCUCGAGCAGCCAACGGUCGAACUAUCCGAGCCAGAAUGGUGGUGCUGGUGGUACGGUCCGUACACCACAGUCCUCCCGGGCACACAAUAACAGUACGGCAUCGGGCAAGAGUGGCAAUGGGAGCGCGAUCCAUCACACCGAAACACCGAUCAUCAAUGGGCAGCUGGUACAGAACUCGCCACUCAAGGGUAGUUCACCGGAUUUCUAUAUCAUCAAGGUGACGUACGAGACGGAACAGGUCGAGCUGGAUGGGAUCGUGCUGUACAAGAGCAUUAUGCUGGCGAACAACGAGCGUACACCGCAGGUCAUAAGGAAUGCGAUGCUCAAGCUGGGGCUCGAAGGGGAUCCUGAUCGGUACACGCUAGCGCAGGUCCUACCCGAUAAGGAGCUACUGUUGCCGAACAAUGCGAACGUGUACUAUGCCGUCAAUACGGCGUACAAUUUAAACUUUAUCUUGCGGCCCAAGAAGGACGCUGGUGGUGCGGCGCUUGGUGCUGCCGGCAGUGGUCGACCCUAAAGCCUUAUCCCCGGUCUGCGUCCCCGUUCCCUCACUGUACAUUUGCUUUCUUUAGUUUAAGAACCACACACUCGACGGUGAUCUGAUAUUGUUGCUUGUUUUUAAUCUCAAACGAUAUUGUACUGGACCCCCCUUUCGCCCUGGUGUCCGAGUUGUACAGAUUUUUUUUUUAUUAUUUAAUCGACGUUUUUAAGAAAUGUACCACUGUCGAAGGUGCACGGCAUGAAGCUGAGGCAUGGCCGAUGAUGAUGUUUAGUGAUCGGUUAAAGGUCACGCGUUAACCACGAGUAGGCGGUGACGAUAGCGGAGUGCUAGGGAACAGUUACAAGACAAAGAAGCGGAAAAUAUACAUUCUAACCCACAUGGUAUUACAUGAAUGCUACCUUAGACUCUAGAAUCGAAGGACGAAGACGAGUUCUGACGUAGAGUGGAGAGUUUAUCCAGGCGGCGGUUUUUGGGUGUUGUUUGUUUUUUGAACGUCACCGCGUUCGCGGCACGAUCGCGAUCUUUACACACCCACAUGGACCACAGCAGCUGCGCAGCGCCAGCAGCUUGUUUCGUGGCAGACGGACUGGACUGAGGUCUCUUUUUCUGGAAUCUAUACAAACGGGGAAGGAAGGAAGGAAUGUGAAUGGCAUCUGUCUGCCGCCGCGCUCGGUAUUCGCGCGCACGUGUACAAGUAUUUUAUUAGCGGAUAACAAAUAAACGGAACACAAGGUAUUCAAAAGCAUGGCCGCGUGCAGGAGUUAUUAUUUUUAGCAUAUUUUUCACCGAAAUGAACGCAAGGGUUAAUGUGUCUUUGCUAGAUGGGGGGCACCCAGCGCCAAGCAAACUGCAGCAUCGCUGGAAUAUUUUUCAGAGACGGAAAACGUUUAGGCUGUUCCCGAGCCCGAGCUUUCAUUUUCAUUUAUAGUGAAGCUGGCUCUCAAAAAAGUCACUAAAUCUGACUGGCAUAAUUUAUUCGAUUUUUG